CGAAGCUUCUACUGAAAAUUUAAGUGAGAUCGACGAUGGUGAAACGACAAUUUCCAAAAUCCGGACGAAUUUUUUGAGUAUUAGCAUGUUAGUAUAAUCAGCAUAUCCUUUAAUCUGUAAAGUUAAUUAACAGCAUAUAUGUAAUACUUAAGUGUUAUACUAAAAGUGGUUGGGUUAUCUUCAGUACACAGUCUAAAAAAAGAAUAACGUAUCUCUAACCUAUAAAAACUUGUGUAUAGAACAUUCAUAAUGAUUGAAAGGAUUAAAUAAAAAAACUUCAAGUACAAGGGGUAAUUUUUAUAUUAUACAUUUAUGUGGUGACAAAGCAAUCAGUUAUUAUUCUUAUCAAAUCAUUUUAUUUAAUUAUAUAGCGAAUUGUAUGAAUGCAAUGUGGAUGUUUAAUAAUGUUUAAAUAUUGGGAUUUAUAUAAAUUUUAUUAUUAUUACUUAACCAAUAAUAUUCGGAGUAAUAAUUCAUAAAAUAAUAAUCUACGGACAUUAUUGACAAUAUUUCAUAUUUUUGUUAAUACUUAUUACCAUUAUUUCCAUCAACUAAGUUCAGCAUUCUAUAGGAAAAUUAGGUUGUCGGAUUAUAAGUGAUGAAAUGUUCAAAUUUAUUGCAAGUGACAAAGGCAUGAACAAAGUGUGACUUAAUAGUUCUUCAUAAAUAUGACCGAUUUAAACAUGAAUAAACAACUGAGGCAAGUGACACCCACUUUACUAUUCAGUUAUGGACGAUUUUACAGAUUAAAUAAAUUUACUUAAUCUGCUUUGUUACUGAAUUAGAAAAAUAUAAAUUUCAAACUCACAUUCCUGGAAUAUGAAGAAAAAAUAAAUAUAAAAAUUAUUAUCUAAUCUAGUAUUCAUUAUCAGCUUUCUUGCCAAGAUUAUGUGACUAUUUUUAUAUGAUGAACCUUUAAUGACUUUUGGAAAAUAUAAAUAUAUUAAUAUAGUAUGUUGCGCAACUAACAGUACAAUACAUUUUACUUGUAAAACCUAAAACCUUAGAACAAUCACAGGAAGCUUUGCAUUUUGCACUAGUGUAAUUUCCUGUUGUAAGAUAAAUCUAUAAAAAGACCUUGAUAAUUGAUUUCUCUUUGGUUCGUCAAAAAUGUCCAAAACUUUCAUAUUCACUAUUUAAGCUGAUACAAAACUGAUAUUAUAACUAAUUAUUUGAAUGAAUAAUAAUUCUUUAUAUUAAUAUCAAAUUUUCGAUUCAAACUUCCCGCUAAAACGCUUAUCACCAAUAUGGCGGUGUACUGACGUUAGUACAUAGUAAAGUUUGUAAAUGGUUGUCAGUAUUAUUUAGUGUUAAUUUGAUUUUGUGUUAUAAAAUGUCUUUUAAAACUUAUAAGUGGUGUAUAGUGCCUCAGUGUUCUAAUACUUCCUCGAAAACACCUGGAAAACUAUUUAUUCAUGUACCUAGAGCAAUAAAGGAACGAAAACAGUGGAUAAAACGAGCUGGAAGAGAUCCAGAGUCCUUAUCGACUUCAACUUCAAUUUAUAUUUGUGAAGAUCAUUUUGAUUUGCCGAAUGACAUGGAAAACUAUAUAGAGUACCAUUUAAUGGGUUCAGUAUCCAGGAUAAAAAUGAAACCAGGGGCUUUGCCUAUAAAAUAUGAAUGUAAACCCGACAAAAGAAAGAGUACUAGUACUAGACCCAUUGCAACUAAAAGAAAAAAAUUGAAGCUUAUUAAGAGUAGUGAAAAAAAACUGCCUGAACCAAUAAUUGGAUAUGUGAUUGACUCACCAAGUACAAGUGAAGAAAUAAUAGAAAUGGAUCUUUUUGGUAUCAUUUCCAUUGAUCAUAAUGUAGAUGUAAAUGAUGAAAUUGAAAUAGUUGGACUUGAAUUUAAAGAGGAGCUGCCUGAGUUCAUAAAAAUUGAUAAGUUGAAAUAUAAACUAGAAAUAAUUGAACAUGGAUUGAAAAAAGAACUGAAAACCUGCGAGAAAAUUGGUGAUGUAAAAGAAAAGCUAAAGGGGUUCAAGGAACUUGAUAACACGAAAGAUAAAGUUAAAAAUGAUUUAAAAAAAGAGGUGAGUGAGCUCAUUGAAAUUAGUAAUGUGAAAAAACAAAUUGGAAUAGAUGAACAUGAAUUGAAAGAAGAGUUAAAAGAUUGUAAGGAAAUUGUUGAUGUAAAAUAUGACGUUGGAAUAGUUAAACAUGAAUUAGAAGAAGAGUUGAAUGAAAUCAUAGAAAUUAGCAAUGUGAAAGAAGAAAUUAAAAUAGAAGAACAUGAACUAAAGGAAGAAAUUGAUAAUGUGGAAGAUGAAAAUAAUUUAACAUGAAGUAGAGACGAAGAAAUUUAUAAUGUUACUACAAAUACAGAUGUGUUAUUCUAAUAUUGAUGACAGUCAGCAUUUUCAGAUGAAGAUCUUAACGUUACCAAGAAUUCAUACCACACUAACGAGAAGCCAUUCAAAUGUGAAAUGUGUUGAAAGUUUUUUCCACAAUAAAACACUCUACGUGUAUAUAUGCGAAUCCAUACAGGCAUAAACCAUUUGUUCAUAAUUUUUUGUUGAAAAAAGUGUUUUAAACAUACAUUCAUACAUCUACAUUGGAGAGAAAUCAUUUAAAUGUGAAACUAUUCGAAUGGAAAAGUUAUAAGAUAUAUUCUCAAAUACACACAGGAAACAAGCUAUUUAAAUAUGGAAUCAAUAAGAAAAACAUAUGGAAAUCCACACAGGAGAGAAGCCAUUUGAAUAUGAAAUUUGUUCAAAGAUUUUUCCGAAUAAAAGUACUUUAAAUACA